GGAACCCCCUGGGCGUCACAUAUGUGACGAACCAAUUUCAAUUCCGCACGAUUUCAAGUGGAUGUCUGUCUGUCUGUCCGUCUGUUUGUCCCAUGACAUAUGAGCAUGGUGGAGACAUCACCAUGAGAUUCAGAGACCCGCUUGGUGUGCCUUUCCAUCUGACCUACUCAGAUGGACUCCUGCGAGACAUUCGGUAUCUGCCGGAGAAUGACUUGGCAGGUUCAGCGCAGGUAGGCAAGAGGACAGAGAAGCGCUCAGAAAUUUCCCGUUUGUCUUCUGAGGUGGAGGGCCCAUGUGGUACUGGUCGCGUCGGGGGGUGCUCUGCAGCACAGGGUGACAUGGGCGGGCCGAGCGAUGUCGCGAUGUCACAGAGCCCGGGGAAGAAGAAGAAGUGCACGUCGAGACCGCCACUUGGGCAGACGCUCACAGGCAGAAAGAAGGUGAACUCGAAGGCGGUGCCAGGGACCGGAGACACCGCAGGAGCACGAGCUCAGGUCCCCAUACGUCGUCGACGCUCCGGGAUGGCAACUUUGUCGGAAAUCAGAAAGUUGCAACGAUCCACCGACCUUUGUUUGGCUUUCAGGCCGUUCUUGCGUCCCGUGCGCGAGGUUGUGGAGCGGGACAUUGCUCCGGGGAUGGGCGUGAGGUUUCAGAUGACGGCAGUGCGUGCUUUGAUGGAGGCUACCGAGGCGUACCUGGUCGUCAAUUUCGAGAACACCAACGAGGUGGCCAUCCAUUCGAAGAGGGUGACGAUCCAGGUCAGGGACAUGAGACUGGUGGAUAGGUUGUCGAAGCCUCGCUGGGUUGAGAAAUAUCAAGAAUCAAAGUCUAGAGAAGAGGACGAAGGACAAACCGUACGCAUCAUGUCGAUGUCAGUAGCACAGGUGGAGACUGCUCUUGCAAAGGUAAUGGAGUAUGCAAAGGAGGGCGUCUACUACAACAGUGACAGCGAGUUAUUUUUGCUUCAAGACAGGGGGCCGAGGUACUUCUUAGUCGCUGUGGAUAUGAGAUCCACAAUCAUGGCAAACGAUGAGGAUUGUAUCAAAGCACGAACACUCUUGCAACGCUUCAGAGAGUCACUACAUGUACGUGUGGACAGCGAUGUGGAAGACGGUGCAUACAGUCUAAAAGGAGUGGUCCAGUGGAUCUACAGCGAAGGGAUGUGCGAAGAAGGAGACGUGGACAUGACAAUGCAGCAGACAGGGGGGACAUAUACACCUGCGAAGUUGGGCAAGUUGUUGGGCACUGUGGCACGGAAUGGGGGAAUGUUGGUUGAUGGGUCGAAGAACGAGUUGAAGAGUGGUGCUGCAGAAAUAUUCGUGUUGUCUAGAAUGAAGGACAUUACACAAACACCGCUAGAAGACUUUCAAGAUGUUUUUGUCAUUGUCGCAGAUGGUGUAGAAUAUAUUCUGCUGGAUCAACUUGUGGACUUCAUGAAAAAAAGUGACGACGACAGGAACGUCAUCCAUGAGGCGUUGCACGAAGUCAUAGAGUUUGCACUGCAGGGUCAAGAUCUGAUAGAAUUUGUGCCAGCAAGAACACAAGACAACAUCAUAUCUGGCAGACCGUUGUAGGGGGAGUUGUUAUCAGCUGCUUUGGAGCGGCUCGGUCUUGCAAGUUGCGAUAUUGAGAGACAAAGAGAAAGAGAAUAAGGGUGGAAGGUGAUGGUCAUGGAAACAAAUUUAGCAAUCAUUC